GACGUAAAGUUAAAUCGGAGUUAGCUUAAUUACAUUUCUUAUGUUUUCUCAGCGUAUAAUACAACGACUUCCAUAGCAAUUCAGUUGUUUUUCCCAACAGUUUUGAACGCAACACCGGAACACGGCAGCCAUGGCAACACAUGUCAGGAGGUUACAGCUGACUGUAACUUGGGCGUUUGUUUGACGGGAGUCGUUAAUCAAACCUGGGGCUAGGAAAACCAAUGUGAUAUAUUAGUGACAGGGACACGACAGGUAAAGUUAGAAAGAGACAGGCGCAGUUUUGCAGCCAAAACAACGACGUGCGUCAAUGUUAAUUAAGUCGUAAUAAAGCUAGAAGGCUAAUAACUAAGCUGCUAGCUUGGAAGUUGGACGCAACCAUGAUUGUAGAUGCAGGUGAUGUAAAGCACAUGAAAGUUUAGUGGUAUCCGUAUUCUACUACAAUACUUUGGUCGGUUGGCAAGAGCUACGGAGUUCAGGACCAUGUCCGGGAGAGGAGCGCCUUUGCCAGUGGACGGGAACGGCCUGCUCCGCGGGAGCCGCACUCGGUCCUACGGCAGCUUGGUUCGGUCUCCGGUCUCCCCGGCUCAGCAGAGACGCAUCGAACACAAACUUCAGCCAGGAGAGACACUGCAAGGCCUGGCCCUGAAAUACGGAGUCACAAUGGAGCAAAUCAAAAGAGCAAACAGGCUGUACACCAAUGACUCAAUCUUCCUGAAGAAAUCCCUGUCCAUCCCCGUGCUGUCGGACUUGGACCACUGCAAUAACGGGGCAGAUUUGGCUCAAGAGGACAGUGGAGGAGGCGAUACUGGCCGAGCUCCUGCACAAAAUGGUCACACUGGGAGCUCCUCGGAGAAGAAGCUCUACAGUGGAGAGGAGAGUGCAGGAGACAUUACUCCAGAGAGUUUUUUGAAAAGGAUGGAUGAGUUGAUAAACUGGUCGAAGCAGGCUGCUGUCAAAGGAUAUCAGGAUGCAGAGAAAAGGGUUGCCGCCCUGGAAGCCGCGUGCACCAGUGGGACGUCAGACCAACAGCCUUUUACUAGGUCACACAGUGUCACGUCGUUCUCUAAAAUGCAGCAGCAGGAAGCGACAUAUGUCGCAGUGCCGCGCACCAUCACCAAACUCACCAGGAAACUGAGAGACAGGGAAGAUGAGAUCUUUGAGCUGUGACAUUUUGCCUCUGGCCUCAUUUUUAUAAUUAAAGACACAUUCCCAGAAGGUCCUGUUGCUCCGGGAUAAGACAUCACAGACAAAGGAAUGGAUACCGUGUGAUUCCCUGCUGCUGUUUGGAAUUAAAGAAUGAAAUACAUCAGUAAUGAAGGUUAAUAGACCUUUUAAAAAAAGUUAACACUGACCUUUAACAAGUCAUUGCACUCCUGUAGCCUUAUUUAUCUAUGAGGUAAUGAAAAACAUACAGUGGCCAACAACUGCAGAGUUAGUUUUUCUUCUUUCACAUGCAGGAAAUAGGAGCGUGAAAUGUUAAAAAUGUGAAUUUAAAGUCACAUGUUGGUUUAGUCAUAUGACCCUUUGAUAUGGUCAACUGCCCAUGGUUGUGUGUAAUUCUACCUCAAACAGAAAAACACUAGAACCUAACCACACACAUAGUGUAUUUAUGUCUUUCACUACUGAUGAGUUCAUAUAACCAUAGUUAAAAAUAAUAUAUUUUCACAACAAUUAUUUUAUUGUUUGUAAAAGGAGAUGCUUUUUAUUUAUUCAUUUAUUUUGCAUAGUUUCUUUGUUUUUCUUACAAAACCAAAGUUUUGAUCCCAUGUUAAGGGUAAAGGUUUACAUAUAUAUUUAUUGAUUUUAUUGUCUCAAACAGGUGAUUCUCCUUGAAGCAGUUGAAACAAACAAAAAAAAGCAAUAUCCUGUAACUGAUUUUUCUCCAUGUUGCUGCUCACACAAAAGGAAAAACACCCUGCAGCUAAACACUACAUGACAGUAUUUGACUGAUGAGGAGCCAUGUCUACUACACAGGGCUCAACUUUACCCUUGUCUGUUAAAAUCCAGUGCCUUUAUUUUGGGAAAAACCAAAAGAAAAACACGUCUGAAUCUCAGCCAAUGAAUAAUGACAUAAACAUUCACACUUGCACAAUCAACACCCUUCAGGAGUGGUGAUGUUUCAAAACAUGUUUUGUAAUAAUGGGAGCUAUUGUCCACUGUGCGGUUCUUUCAUCUAUAAUAAGCUCCGCAUGUGUCAGUAAACGCAGCUAUGUGCAUGGAUUUGCUCAUGCAUCAUCCUGUCCACCAGGUGGCAGUGCUGUACUACAGUGGCAUUGUUCCUUGCAUGCUAUGCUGCUGUUUUCCCUUUUCUUUAUAUCAGUAGAACAUCAGUAGUAAAGGGGUGAAACUUUUCCAGGUUUUUCAUCUUAAACAUUAGUUGACUUUUCUUUGUCUAAUAAAACAACUGUACAUACAUCAAUUUA